AUGGUCGCACCGGAGCCGGGUGACCGUUACACUCAACUGCCGCCGCCGCCGCCGCCGCCGCCACGACCCACUCAACACAUGGGCCACCAGCACCUGUGCAGGUCGCACUGCACACCCUCCUGCUUCCAGUGGCGCUGGGGGGUGGGGGGUGUUGUGGACAAAAAUGGGCCAUACACUAAAUCUGGCAAGCCAGGGGGGCCUCCAGGCCCAGCCAUCCCAGCAGCUGGGCCUGAACACCUGGUGGUGUUAGGGCCAGUUGGAUACCCUGAGGGCGCGGCCACCAUGUUCCUGAACCCCCUGAGUGUUUUGCUGGCUCCUGCAUGGCCUUGCCCUGGAGUCCCCUUUCAGCACCCACAGGCUGGACUCAGCACUGGGCAGGAGAGAAGGCUGCAGCAACUCCAAGAAUGGCACCAGGAGCAGCUGAGGGCUAUAGCACAGUGGGUGCAGCAGCUUGCACAGAGAGCCUGCUGUGAAGGGUGA